AUGACCCUGUUGGCGGGUGAUGGCUCUGACUACGACUACAGCGCCCUGAGCUGCGACUCCGACACCUCCUUCAACCCCCCGCCCUUACAAGAGGAGGAGGCCCAGAAGGGAGUCUUCUACAAGAGGGCCCAGCGAGCUCCGGAGAUCCACGACGACACCCAACUGUCCAGCAGCCGCAAGCUGCACGCCAUCAUCAAUGUGGGCGGCCUGCGCUACCAGCUGCCCUGGACGACCCUGGAGGACUUCCCCCUGUCCCGCCUGGGCCAGCUGCAUCUCUGCAGCAGCUUCGACGAGAUCAUGGGCGUCUGCGACGACUACGACGUGACGCACAACGAGUUCUUCUUCGACCGAAGCCCUUGUGCCUUCCGCACCAUCCUGACCUUCCUGCGGGCGGGGAAGCUGCGGUCCCUCAGGGCCAUGUGCGCCCUGUCCUUCAGGGAGGAGCUGCUCUACUGGGGGGUGCCCGAGGAGAACCUGGAGUGGUGCUGCCGCCGGCGCCUGCUGCAGUGCGUGGAGGAGAUGGAGGCCAUGGAGAGGGCGGAGGAGGAGGAGGAGCUCCUGGAGGACCUGUUGGAUUCAGACUCCGGCCACAGGGAGGUCGCAGGAGAGUCCAGGGUCAGCCGCUGCAUGGGCAAGCUGAGGGACAUGGUGGAGAGGCCGCACUCGGGCCUGCCGGGGAAGAUCUUCGCCUGCUUGUCGGUGUUGUUCGUCACCAUCACGGCCGUCAACCUCUCCAUCAGCACCAUGCCGGCCAUGAGGGAGGAGGAGGAGGCGGGCACCUGCUCCCGGAUGUGCUACAACAUCUUCAUCGUGGAGACGGUGUGCGUGGCCUGGUUCUCCCUGGAGUUCACCCUGCGCUUCAUCCAGGACCGCAGCAAGCUGACCUUCCUGCGCCAGCCGCUGAACCUCAUCGACGUGGUGGCCAUCUUGCCGUACUACAUCACCCUGGUGGUGGACAGCACCUCCAAGGGCGAGAAGCGCCUGGGCUCCGGCAGCAGCUACCUGGACAAAGUGGGCCUGGUGCUGCGGGUCCUGAGGGCCCUGCGCAUCCUCUACGUGAUGAGGCUGGCUCGCCACUCGCUGGGCCUGCAGACGCUCGGCCUCACCGCACGCCGCUGCACGCGGGAGUUCGGACUGCUCCUCCUCUUCCUGUGCGUGGCCAUCGCACUCUACUCCCCCUUGCUGUACCUGAUUGAGAACGAGAUGGCCGCCACGCAGGAGUUCACCAGCAUCCCUGCCACCUACUGGUGGGCGGUCAUCACCAUGACGACGGUGGGCUACGGGGACAUGGUGCCGAGGAGCAUCCCGGGGCAGGUGGUGGCGCUGAGCAGCAUCCUGAGCGGGAUCCUGCUCAUGGCCUUCCCCGUCACCUCCAUCUUCCACACCUUCUCGCGCUCCUACGUGGAGCUGAAGCAGGAGCAGCAGCGGCUGCUGCAGAGGAGGACGCACUUCCUGCUGCGCCACCGCAUGGCCGGCCUGGGCAGCAGCCUCUCCUUAGAGAGCGACAUGCUGUCCCCCUAG